UGUUUGCUUCAUCAUCUCGGCUGCAGGUACAAUGAUUUAAGACUCAGAAUAUUUUCCAAACAUCCUGAUUUAUUUCCUGAAGAGAUAUUCAACAUAGAGACUUUCAACUGGUCAUUUGGAAUUCUCUUCUCACGUUUGGUCAGAUUACCCUCUAUGGAUGGAAGAGUUGCCUUGGUUCCUUGGGCAGAUAUGCUGAAUCAUAAUUGUGAGGUGGAAACUUUUCUUGACUAUGAUAAAUCAUCGCAAGGAAUUGUCUUUACAACGGACAGGGCAUAUCAGCCAGGUGAGCAGGUUUUUAUAUCAUAUGGAAGGAAAUCUAAUGGAGAGCUUUUGCUUUCAUAUGGAUUUGUUCCUAGAGAAGGCACCAAUCCUAGUGACUCAGUUGAGUUGUCAUUUUCACUUAAGAAAUCUGAUAAAUGUUACAAGGAGAAAGUGGAAGCUCUGAAGAAGCAUGGGUUAUCAGCAUCGGAAUGUUUUCCUAUACAAGUCACUGGUUGGCCAUUGGAGUUGAUGGCUUUUGCUUAUCUAGUAGUCAGUCCACCUAGUAUGAGCAGACAGUUUGAAGAGAUGUCUGCUGCAGCAUCGAAUAAGUCAACAUCAAAGAAGGAUAUGAAGUACCCGGAGAUAGAAGAAAAAGCAUUGCAAUUUAUUCUGGAUAGUUGUGAAUCCAGCAUAUCAAAGUAUUCCAAAUUCCUUCAGGCAAGUGGAGAAAUGGAUCUCGACAUAACAAAUCCAAAACAACUAAACAGAAGAGUGUUUCUAAAACAGCUUGCAGUGGACCUGUGUACAAGUGAGCGAAGGAUACUCUUCCGUAGUCAAUAUAUACUGAGGAGAAGAUUGAGGGAUAUAAGGAGCGGAGAAUUGAAGGCUCUCAACUUAUUUGAUGGAUUUAGGAACCUUUUCAAAUAACUUGUUGAAUGGCUCUUCCCCCAUUUUGAUAUCAACCCUUCUGAUUUCGACGAAGUUAUCCACUGUCUCAAUGAUGAAUUGCUAAGAAAGUCUUUGUUUUAUAAUUUGACACAGCACAAGGAGUGGAGUCUAUUCAGAUCCCAUCUGCUUACAUAACUGUGUCUUUGUUUCGUAUUUUGUAAACUUUACUUUUUAGUCAGUUUUUAAAUGGAAAA